AUGGCAAAGAAGAUCCACAAAUACGCUGCAUUGGCUUCCAAAGAUGGCUUCUAUCUGGACGUUGUGGACGCACAGCUCUUCGCAAUAGUGGCUGGCCAGAAAGUUGCCUUUGUGCGUGAUGGGCCACACGAAGUGUUGGAGUGCACAACUGUGAAGAAUCUUUGGGGGGGAGUUUGGCCACAAGGUGGCACACUAGGUGUUGCUGAAGAGCUAGAUCAGAAGUCAUGGUGCCUCAUUUCUUGCAAUGCCUCUUUUGAUCCUCAGGGACAAAUGAACCAUUGGUGCCCCGGAUUCUUUAAAGAAGCUGUGCCUGACCACUUCUUUGAUCUGACCCAAAUGGAGCAGAGCAAAGCCAUGCAACAAGUGGUAGCGCAUCGCAAGGCUUUGCGUCAUUUAGAAGCGCAGAGGCCAGAUGAUCCUGACCCAGCUUUAUUGGAAUCCAAAAUUUUUGGAAUCGAAGAGGAGAAGACCAGGAUUGAGAAUUGGAUCCAGUUCAACCGCAGAUGUUCUGCAGCCGGCAUUGCGCCACUUGAUGUGCCAGCUGAUGGAGACUGCAUGGCGUGGGCCAUCCGAUGCUUGUUGCUUGGGCACAAUGGCCAGGAAUGGGAGUACGAGAGUAGGAAGGCCAAAUCUGAGAAGAAGAAGGUCCGCACUUUUUUCAAGGAUGCUUGGAUUGCCAAGAUGGAAGAUCCCCUGUGGCAAGAGUUGUUCGCUACAUUCCACACUGAUUACGCAGAGGCUCAACCAGAAGAAGAAGAAGAAGUGAAGACUCCCCCGAAAAAGGCCCCUAAAAACGGAACCAAGCGCAAGAGUCCACCAGAAGACACCGGAGAAGAUGGUGCCAUGGUCACUCCACCACGUGUUGAAUGCAAAAGGGUCAGGAAAGCCGGGGAGGGGAAAGCAGCGCCUGUGGCUGUCAAUCAGUUCCCAGCUUCACCACAACUACAACUUCCAGGCCCUUCCAAAAACAAAAAAAAAGUCGAGAAGCUUCUAGAACCUGAACGCCCAGAUGUUGAGGAAGAGUUUGCCAAUGCCAUGCUAGACUUGAAUGCUCUUCCACCGGAAAACAUGGAUGAAAGCAUGCUUGACGAAAGGCAAGGAGGCCAGACAGAUCACAGGGCACACCAUGAGCGGAAGUACAGAUCGAGACCAAAAAGUGAGAAUGAAGUCAAGAUGGAAAAGUUGCAGUGGCUACUUGCUCAGCAGGGCUUGACCUACCUCCCAUGGUUGACUGAGCAUAGGAGAGCAAACAAAGUUAAAAAUGCCGGUUGUUGCCCAGACGGGAAAUGGAGUUCCUUCAAGCAGUAUCUUCUCUGCCAGAGCCAGAGCAACACCAGCAAGAAACCUGAGAAAACUUGUGGCGUUUGUGCCCGCUUGCUGCAAGGUGCAAAUCUGACUCUUGAGAAGAUCACUCACAUGUUGGAUGACGAAGCAGCUAUCACAAAUUUCCUCGAUGCGCAGCGUCAGCCUGCACAAUCUCCUGCAGAAGCAGGCGUGGAAGAGGAGCAGGAACCUGGAGUGGACGCGCGCUAG